CAGCCCCCGCGGUUGCAGCCGAGCCGACAGCUCUUCUCUUCUGAAGGUGCCGCUGGUGGUAGGGGGGGAGAGACUUGCUCCAAACACGGACGUCCCCCAGCUCUCCCCCCCUCCCUGUUUUCCGUUAGGAACCCGGCGAGGAAAUACAUGCACUCGCUGACAAUCGCCCGCUCCAGGGCGCAACGCCACAAGGUGUAGGGAGUGUGUGGGGUGGGGCGAAAGGGGACCCAGGGGUCCCCGUGGCUUGGAGCGCCGGGCCGUCGGUUCUUCAUUCCUGCCCUCGGGGCGGACAGUGACCCCGGCCCCCAGUCCCCGCCCCGACCAUGGUAGUGUUCAAUGGCCUUCUUAAGAUCAAAAUCUGCGAGGCCGUGAGCUUGAAGCCCACAGCCUGGUCGCUGCGCCAUGCGGUGGGACCCCGGCCGCAGACUUUCCUUCUCGACCCCUACAUUGCUCUCAACGUGGACGACUCGCGCAUCGGCCAAACGGCCACCAAGCAGAAGACCAAUAGCCCGGCCUGGCACGACGAGUUCGUCACCGAUGUGUGCAACGGGCGCAAGAUCGAGCUGGCGGUCUUUCACGAUGCCCCCAUCGGCUACGACGACUUCGUGGCCAACUGCACCAUCCAGUUCGAGGAGCUGCUGCAGAACGGGAGCCGCCACUUCGAGGACUGGAUUGAUCUGGAGCCAGAAGGAAGAGUGUAUGUGAUCAUCGAUCUCUCGGGGUCGUCCGGUGAAGCCCCCAAAGACAAUGAAGAGCGCGUGUUCCGGGAACGCAUGCGGCCGAGGAAGCGGCAGGGGGCCGUCAGGCGCAGGGUCCACCAGGUCAAUGGCCACAAGUUCAUGGCCACCUAUCUUCGGCAGCCCACCUACUGCUCCCACUGCAGAGAUUUCAUCUGGGGUGUCAUAGGAAAGCAGGGAUACCAAUGUCAAGUCUGCACCUGCGUGGUCCACAAGCGGUGUCAUGAGCUCAUCAUCACCAAGUGUGCUGGAUUAAAGCGACAGGAGACUCCCGACCAGGUGGGCUCCCAGCGGUUCAGCGUCAACAUGCCCCACAAGUUCGGUAUCCACAACUACAAGGUCCCCACCUUCUGCGACCACUGUGGGUCCUUGCUCUGGGGCCUCUUGCGGCAGGGUUUGCAGUGUAAAGUGUGCAAAAUGAACGUCCACCGCCGAUGUGAGACCAAUGUGGCCCCCAACUGUGGUGUGGAUGCCAGAGGAAUCGCCAAAGUGCUGGCUGACCUGGGUGUCACGCCAGACAAAAUCACAAACAGCGGCCAGAGGAGGAAAAAGCUCAUUGCUGGUGCUGAGUCCCCGCAGCCUGCUUCUGGAAGCUCGCCGUCUGAGGAAGAUCGGUCCAAGUCAGCACCCACCUCCCCUUGUGACCAGGAACUGAAAGAACUUGAAAACAACAUCCGGAAGGCCUUGUCAUUUGACAACCGAGGGGAGGAGCACCGGGCAGCGUCAUCCACUGACGGGCAGCUGGCGAGCCCUGGCGAGAACGGGGAAGUCCGGCAAAGUCAGGCCAAGCGCCUGGGCCUGGACGAGUUCAACUUCAUCAAGGUGUUGGGCAAAGGCAGCUUCGGCAAGGUCAUGCUGGCGGAACUCAAGGGCAAAGACGAAGUGUAUGCUGUGAAAGUCCUAAAGAAGGACGUCAUCCUUCAGGAUGAUGACGUGGACUGCACGAUGACAGAGAAGAGGAUUUUGGCUCUGGCACGGAAACACCCGUACCUAACCCAACUCUACUGCUGCUUCCAGACCAAGGACCGCCUCUUUUUCGUCAUGGAGUAUGUAAACGGUGGAGACCUCAUGUUUCAGAUUCAGCGCUCCCGAAAAUUCGACGAGCCUCGUUCACGGUUCUAUGCUGCAGAGGUCACGUCAGCCCUCAUGUUUCUCCACCAACAUGGAGUCAUCUACAGGGAUUUGAAACUGGACAACAUCCUUCUGGAUGCAGAAGGUCACUGCAAGCUGGCCGACUUUGGGAUGUGCAAGGAAGGGAUUCUGAACGGUGUGACGACCACCACGUUCUGCGGGACUCCUGACUACAUAGCUCCCGAGAUCCUACAGGAGUUGGAGUACGGCCCCUCCGUGGACUGGUGGGCUCUGGGGGUGCUGAUGUACGAGAUGAUGGCUGGGCAGCCCCCCUUUGAGGCUGACAACGAGGACGACCUGUUUGAGUCCAUCCUCCAUGAUGACGUCCUGUACCCCGUCUGGCUCAGCAAGGAGGCCGUCAGUAUCUUGAAAGCUUUCAUGACGAAGAACCCUCACAAGCGCCUGGGCUGUGUGGCAGCGCAGAACGGUGAGGACGCCAUCAAGCAGCACCCCUUCUUCAAAGAGAUUGACUGGGUGCUCCUGGAGCAGAAGAAGAUCAAGCCGCCCUUCAAGCCACGAAUUAAAACCAAAAGAGAUGUCAAUAACUUUGACCAAGACUUUACCCGGGAAGAGCCAGUCCUUACGCUUGUGGACGAAGCGAUCGUGAAGCAGAUCAACCAGGAGGAAUUCAAAGGCUUCUCCUACUUUGGCGAAGACCUGAUGCCCUGAAGCCGCUCCAGGUGGAGUUUGCUGAUGCUGCAAGAAGGGGUGCCGAGAACAUUCCUGUGUUCCAGAGGCUCAGAAAGUCUUGAACUACUUCUCCUCCCCGGAGCCCAGUCCCACGUCCAGUCUCUAUUUAUUACAUUCCCUCACCCCAGGCCACCUCCUCCCUCGCCCACCUGGUGACCAGAAGGCACUCUUGGUUCUUGUCUCACCAGUAACACAGCAGUCAGCUGCACACUCUGCCGUGUUCGGACCGUUGGCAAGCCUGGUUCCACUCCUUAGGGGCUCCUGGCAGUGAAGCAACUUGAGUUCUUGUACCACAAGGAAAAAAAAAAGAAAGCAAACAAGAAGACUCUGGCUCUGCCGUGGGACAUAGAAUCCUGACUCCCCUCGCUUGUCAUCCCUCCUACGCCCUGGCUUGCCACCCUGCCCUUCCGUCCAGAAGAGACAGGUGCUGCUUCUGUGAGGGUCGGCGCCUUCGGGCACGCCCUACGAAGGAGGGAGACGGAGAUGCACGGUUGGCUAGCUGUCGGUUUGUUCUGGAAUGGCUGACUCUUGCCUGCUUUGGUUUUAGCUGUUGAGCAUGCCAAAGUCAUGUAAGUUAGUAUCUUGUGGAAAAAAAAAAAUCACUCCUUGUGGAAAAAGAAAUUUGAUUUUGAACUCUAUUAACAUUUGAAAAAUAGAUUCUUAAAUUUGCUUUCUAAUUGGCCAAAAUAUAUCAAUUCCAAUCUGAAUACAGGUAGAUAUUAAAGGGCUAAUAUACAAUGAGAAACCAGUUGUUCAAGGUUUAUGCUAUCAGUGCUUUCGUGGCACGUGGGGACUGUGAAUCGAGAGAAAAGGAAACAAGUAGUAAUCCCCAUUAUUAAAGUUCUCUCUGAACACCAAGGCCACACAGCAAUGGCCAAGACCCUGGGGUUCUAGCAAAACUUGGCUCCCAAAUUCUCUAAGUUCCUAGCAUAAACACUAUUUAUUUUCUGCAGCGGUGUGUUAUUUUUUGCGCACUUCUACAAAAUGGUAGUACUACUGUGUCAUGGUUUUUAAAAAUUAAACAUGUAAAAUUAUGUAUGAACUAUCUGCUUUGGGAAUAAGCAGAAUGAGGCUACACAUGGGUUACGCAAGGGUAUCAGGAGACUGCAAAGCGGCUCGUUUGAAAACUGACAAUGUGCAAGAUACACUCAGAGGUUUGUUUUUGUGUGACAUGCAAUGGCAACUCAUGUGGACACUAUUUAACAGCUGUGAUGUUAUCUCCUGUAGAUAUGCUAACAGUGUUACAUUCUUUCAUUUCCAAGGGUUCUCUGUGGCUUUGUGUAUAUGUUUCCUGGAGGUCAUUCGAUUACCUAUUUCACUGAACUGAUUUAGCAGGGAAUGGAAUCCAUUCCAACUAUUGCACGUGGAUUUCCCAGCUGCCCCUAAAUAUAUAUACUUGUGAGUGGCAAAGUGGCACUAAUGAAGCUUUUUGCCUUUUGUACAUUUGAGAUUUUUGUAUAUACUGUUUGCUGCAAGGCCUGUGGAAUUAAUUCAUUGAAUAUAGAGGUAUCAACUGCUGCAUGUUCAGGCAUAUUAUAAAACUUUAGUCUAUGAAAGAAUAAUUAUAAUAAUGUCUAGGUGCAAUACUCUGUACGUGUAUUGGUUCAAGUUACCGAGAGAUAGGUGUGUUCCUUUUUUUGGGAGGGAGGGAGAGGGGGUUCUUUGUAUUGUUUAUUUCAUUUUGGUUUAUUUUAAAAGAUGUAAACAUAUAUUAAGCUAUAUUAAAUUUCACGUAUACUUCUCCUGUGCUCUAUUAUUGCCUGAUAGAGAUGGGGAGAAAAAGGAAUGUUUGUGGUGGUAGUUUCAAAGCUUGGACAGUGACGAUCUCAAGCCCAUGGAGAGUUCGUGUCCAUAUUCGCAUCUGGCUGGUCAUAGCCUUUGUUACUAAUGAUGACAUUCAGUUCUCUUUUUUUUUAUUUUUUAAAAACUCAGGUGUAAUUAUUAUCUGUUCUUACGAUAACUGCAAAUAUUAAAUAUUAUGCUACAUCAAUUCAUGUGUUUGGCAUACCAGUGAAGUGAUGAAGAACAUUAGAUUAAUUUAAUUUAUCUUCGGUAACUUGACAUGCUGGGGAGAGACUUCUUCUGGAGUUGAGUACAAGCACAGAAACAUCUUCACGGUGGUAUCAUCUCAUUUUUUAAGGAAGACAUGACAAUACUGCCCAUCAUACUCACGUGUAACUACUGCUCUGUCUUUCUUCUGCUUCCGUCACCAUUAUGAACUCUGGACGACCAAGCAAGUUCUAAGUGCAAUGCCAAAUGGCCUUGGCCCAGGGCUUGGUAGUGUUUGCAUGGCAGCGGGGGUUGGGCCCUUUUUACAGGACAACUGGCAAUUUUGCUGGGAAGUCAAAUACUACAUUCCACCCAGCAGCUCUAGGCAGGCAGCCAGCCAGAUCCAGAGAGUCUCCCUUGCACACCCAAAGCCAGGCUGGCUGGGAUGCCUCUGGCUGAUGAAGUUCUCAGGCAGGCAGAUUUAAAUCCAGCAUAGGUCUAUAGAAAAAGACUAGUGUGUUCCUCGAGUAAUCAUUCUUUCAUUUUCAUUUUCACAAGAGUUUGGAAGCAGACACACUGUUACACUUCCGCCAGUUCUUUCUACUCUUUCCAACACCCACCCCCUUCUCUCUCUCUCAAAAAAAAAAAAAAAAAGAAUGCAAAAAAAAUGCCAAAAAAAUAUAUGAAGGAUAGCUGUUCUCCUGUGUUCUCUCAGUAUGGACCUUGUGAAAUGGAAACAUAUUUUUUUUCCUCCAAAGGUGAAAAAACAAUGCAUUCUUGCUUUAAAAAUAAAAAAAAGGAAGGCUAAAAAAAAUUACCUCUUUUUAAAUUAUGUGCAAAAUAAUUCUGGCUAUAAAGUGUAUUCAAUUUUAGGGAUUUUUUUUGUAUUGUGAUGCUUUAUUUGUACAUUUUUUUUCCUUUCUGGAUGUAAUUUUAAUCUCUUGCCAUUCAUUAGUGUUAUUUCAUUGUAAACAUUAUUGUGCCAAAUGUACUGUAUUCAAAAGGAUGUGAAUGUGUAUUGUUUCAGAACCUAAUAAAUGCAAUGACAUUAAGUCUUA